AGUUCUUCUGUCUGCUCUCUUUUUCUGCCCCUUUCUUUCAAAACCCUAAUCCCGUCGAUUCAGUCUGGGCCUCGAAACACCUAUCCCGUCUUUCGUCUCUCUUCUUCCCCAUUUUCCCUCCCUGCUAACCUCUUUUUGUCCAAAAUCAAUCCGUCUGCUCUCACCUGCCAUCUCUCGCGCGCUUCGAUUGCCCUUCUCCGAUCGCUUUCGCCGCCGCCGCCGCCGCCGUGGUUGCAACAUCGAUCACUCCGUCUCGUCCUCUCUCCCCUCCAAUCUUUCUUCCAGUCGGCCCGGGACUCGGAGUUGGGGGAUGAAUCCGUGGCGUGUAGUUUUAGUAGGGAUCUCCUUGGAGCCAGUCUCUACUUCGAGGUAGUGAUGUCUCCCGCAUCAAGAGCCAAGAACAAGGACAAGAAAUCUGGCAAAGAACCACAGAAGGCAUUAUCAAAGCCUCCAUCAGGCACUGUUAAUGGAGGUAGCAGUAGUAGCAUCCCAGCCAGUGCAUACAAUCCACUGUCUGGAACAUUCCAUACACUUGAAACAGUGCCAACAUCUGCCGCCUCUCCCAUACACAACAAUGGCAGAUUCCGCAACAUAGAUGAGACAGAUGAUCAGUUUGGUGGAGCUGGUGGUGUGGAAUAUGAUUCUGUCUCAAACAAUGGAAGCUGGUCUGGUGAUUCAGAAGAUCACCACAAGGAGAAGACCUCCAACACUCCAGCACGCCAGGAAGCAACAAUUCCGGGUGUUGCUGACAAUGACAAGAGAGAGAAAAUCCGUCAGAAGAAUGAGAGGAAGCAUCAGCGCCAGAAGGAAAGGCGAGCACAGGAAUUGCAUGAGCGGUGCAGCGGCUAUCUAAUGUCAAGGAAGCUCGAAGCACUUGCUCAGCAGCUCGUUGCCAUGGGAUUCUCACACGAAAGAGCUACCAUGGCUCUAAUACUUAAUGAAGGUAAAGUAGAGGAAUCUGUGUCGUGGCUGUUUGAAAGUGGUGAAGAUACAGAUGAUAAACACAGAGAUCAGAAUCUCGGUGGCGGUGGGAAUCUGAAAAUUGAUAUAUCGGAUGAGCUUGCUCGGAUUGCUGAUUUAGAAGUGAGAUACAAGUGCACAAAGCAAGAGAUUGAAAGGGCAGUAGUUGGUUCUGAAGGUGACCUUGAUAAAGCUGCAGAGAGUUUGAGGAGGAUGAAGCUUGAUCCUCCUCCUGCACCUCCAAAGCCUGAAGAAACUGGUGAUCCCCCAACAAUGGUUAACGGUGGGAAGGGGGUUCCAGUAUCUGUCAGUCAUCAGAAUGUUAUGAGACCUCAAGUAAGACCAAAUCAUAGUCAACCUUCUGUGGCUAUACAACAGAGACGAGAUGAUAAUAGAGACUUCAACUACAUGAAAGCUGCUGUUCCUCCUGCCUUGGGAGGAGGAGGAUCUCCUGAACCUGGGAUGGUGAAGAACUUACAGCAGCCUUUGAACAGAAUACAACCGACAAAGUUGGUCUCUGGUGUGGCGGUAUCAGAGAAAAGGUGGACUGGUGUGCCAACAUCUAAUAAUAUUCCAUCUGUUUCUUACUCUCUGUCGUCUCCUUUGCAAGUUUCACCACAACCACCCAAGGCAGAUACCAGCAGGUAUGCAUCAUCAUCAUCUGUUGGGAGUGAAUAUAAUAACAAGAACUUUCUCCCUGGUGGAACUACUGUUAGAGAACCUGUAAUCAUGAUGCAGCGACCCCAAACUACUGUAAAUACGAAACAACUUCCAGCAGUUACAAGCAUGAGCUCAUCGCCUCCACCUGGGUCUGCUGGCCUCAGUUGGUACCCUCCAAACGGCGUUGAUAUGAUGAAGCCCGGCAACGGAUUUGUUCCCCAGAUUCCAAGCAGCCUAAGCCCAAACCACCUAACUUCUUCUAGUCAGAUGUUCCACAACCAUCAUCUUCCGUAUCAGCAGCAGCAGCAGCAGCAGCAACAUUUUAUUCCUGGAAGCAGUCCCCUAGAGACAAGCAGAGGAGGGAAUGGGUUAUGGAGUAACAGACCAGGGUCAGCGUCAACCCUUGCUGCUGCUUCUAACCUUGGCCUCUUCUCUGGCUUCGGUUCGACUGUUUCGUCGGGGGCCUCCUCACCGGUGGAUUGGACCACUGCAAGCUCAAUGGCACAGUUAGACUACACGAACAUAGACUGGAGUUUGGAUCGGAGUUUGUCUUCUCCAAGGCCUAAUGCUACAUUCUGUCUAGGGCAAGGGUCGUUAAAGAAUGGUGCCACCCAGGGUUAUGACCCUGCAGGGUCAGGGUUGGGUGCAAAGCUUGCGAUGAGAGCAGCUCCAAGUAUGAAUGGUGUAGGUGGCUUUGCAGGGCUGCAGGAUGGUGGCGGGGUGGCUAACCCAGAAACGUCGGCUGGCGGUUCGCAUGAGUGGACGUCUCCAUUUGAGGGGAAAGAUCUGUUUAGCUUACCCAGACAGUUUGUUUCUUCUCCUUCACUGUAGUAGGGUGGGUUGGGGGAGGCCUUGAAUAAAAAUGAAAAAGGAAAAAAAGAGGAAAGAAGGACAAGAAAAAUGUGUUUGAAUUUUAUGGUUGCUGUUGGGUUGUCUGCUUUUCUGUCGAUUUGUUGAAUAUCCUUAGUGAAGAUAAGUGGCAUCUCAACGAGUUAUAUUUUCUUGAAUGCUGCCGUUCCCUUUGGAUUUACAGUUCCUGAGAGGUUAGAGAGGAAGCCUGUAGUGUGACUGUGAUUGAUGAACUUUGAAUCGGCAAGGUUACGAGUCGAAAGCGAGUACCCUCGUGAACCCACACCAUCUUCCAAACUAGUAGGGAGGGAAAAUGC